UCAUGCUGCUGCCAGGUCCAGAGUGUGUCAUGGGUCCCUGUACGGCCUCCCAUUGCUGCUGUCUCCAUCGCCACACUCUGCCAUGUGCCACUUUCAGGUCUCCUCACACUGCUGGUGGGUUCCAUUUUGUCAUAGGGUGCUGGCAGAUUACGGGCCUCCCAUUGCUGCUGCCAGGCCCGUAAUCUGCCAUGGGCCCCCGUACCGCCUCCUCAUGCUGCUGCCAGGUCCAGAGUGUCUCAUGGGUCCCUGUACGGCCUCCCAUUGCUGCUGUCUCCAUCGCCACACUCUCUGCCAUGUGCCACUUUCAGGUCUCCUCACACUGCUGGUGGGUUCCAUUUUGUCA